AUGGCGGAUGCUCAGAUCGAAAGCGAAGGCGACUGUUCAAUUGAAACGGCGUCGCAUCAGGACAUGAAUUCAUCUACACCAUUAAUGCAGCGAGAGAUCUCGAUUCACAUCCCACCAGAUUCAUUGUCAAGAGAGUGUUGCGGCAAGAUUCCUGAGAUUCUUCGGAUGCUCAAUCAAGAAGCUUAUACUCCUUUGUUAGUAUCCAUUGGUCCUAUUCACUAUGACCAUGCUUCUUGUAGGGAAAUAAAGAAGCAAAAAAAUGAUUUUCAAUCAGUAUCCACAUUCCAGUCUUUGGCGCACAAACUAGAAAUUUGUGAAAUCAUAUUGGAGGAUGCUGUCUUUAUAUUGGAGCACUUUCUGAGGAACUCAUCACCAGCAGCAAGUCCCAAAGGAGAUGAUUAUCCAUUAAAUACACCUUCUUUUUCUCAUAACAUCCAGCGAGACUUGUUACUUGCUGAAAAUCAACUUCCGCUUUUCGUCUUAGAGGAGCUAUAUCAAAGAUUUAUCUGUCAUGAUGGUACACCCAAACCAAACGAUCAAGAGCAUCCAACGUUUCGAAACCUCUGCCUUGACUACUUCAGCAAUCUGCCAAUAUGUUUAGGGAACCAAAGGGAACAAGAACGCGCAGUACGCCAUAAUUCCAUCAAACACUUCACGGAUCUCAUCAGAUACCUUUACCUUCCAGCUUAUUUUCUUUAUUUUCCACAUGAAUCUAGUUCAAACAACAAGAGUGGUCAACAAAUCCAUAGUCUAAAGAGCGCAACGAAAUUGAAGAAGGCAGGGAUAAACUUUAAACAAGUCAAUGACAGAAGCUUGAUGGACAUCAGAUUCAAGGCUCGGUCUUGUCAACCAUGUUUGGAUUUCCCGAAAAUAAUCAUAGACGACUUAGCAGAAGUUAUUUUCCGAAACAUCAUUGCUUUCGAACAACAUCACUACAAUCCGACUCAGCAUCACUUUAGCGCCUAUGUUCGUUUGCUUAGAGAUCUCAUUGACACUCCAGAAGAUGUGGCUUUGCUUGUUGACAAAUAUGUUUUGGUCCAUACACUGGACACAAAUGAGGAAGUGGUCACUUUGAUCAAGAAGCUAAACAAAGGAUGGGUCAUAAACUCAAGCACUUACAACGAAAUCAUUAGAGCAGUCAGAGAAUAUUGCGAUAGUGCAUGGAAGCACCUCAAGUUUACAUAUUUUCGUGAUCUUUGGAGAACAAGUUCGACUAUUGUAGGAUUCGCGGUCUUCGUCUUCACUACUACAAACACUGUCCGUGCUUUGUUGAUGGCUUUUAGGAUCAUACUAUUAGUAUUAUAUUACUGCUAUAAUUUUUUUGUGCUUAAUUAUAUCGUCAUGUGCUAA